AAUAAACUCAUAUAUUGUCACAUUCAAAUCUUUUUCCUGUACUUAUUUAAUUUUUUUCUAAUUUAUUUAUAAAGGUACCAGGGAGCUAUUAAAAAUGAAAGACAUAUGAACACGUUAGUCACGGAUCAAUAAUGUGCAAUAUGUGUUUGCUAUAGCCUAUGGAUGUACAGUACAGUAUUUGCUCUUAUUUCGAGGAAUAUUUGUAUAAUAAAUAUCGAAUUAAAAUAUAUAUUUUAAAAUUUUAUAAUUUCGCAUACAAAAUAUUUUAAUAAAUCUCUAUAAUGCUCCAAAAAUUUGGAGUAAAUUGGUUUAUUUUAGCGUUAAGUCUGCAAGUAUGUUGAAAUUAUGCGAGAUAUCUUCUAAAGCUCCAUUAAAACGAUUCCAAGAAGUAGUCAAGUUUGUAAUAUGGAACAGAGAUAUUCUCCACCAAUUUCAAGAAAAUACGAUGCAAAAAUCUAUAGAAACGACAGAUGAAUAUUUAAUAAAACACCAUAAUUUAAAUAAUUAUCAAGUGAAAGAGACUCGCCAGAUAAUUUCUGAAGAAGUUAUUCAAUUAACAACAAAACCUAGUUUUCUCAGAACGGGAGAAGAUAUUUCGAAAAUUCUUAAUGCAAUAAAAGAUUUGCCAUUCUUUAUGAGAUUAGAUCACGGACUACUUCAAAAAAUUUCCAGAAUUAUUUAUUACCAGUCUCUCGGAAAAGGAAGGAUUAUCAUCAGAAGAGGAUACAAUCCAAUUUACAUGUAUUAUAUAAUUAAUGGAAAAGUUUCUGUUUCGUAUUCGGAACAUAAUCUAACUACAAAGAAGCAAUGUUGGAUUUAUAAUACAUAA